UCUCGACCUCUUCGGCUCAGCUGUAGCUGCGGGUCCCAGAGCUCGUGGGACAGGGGUGAGGCAAGGCCGGGUGAAUCUUGUUGAUGUUGCAACCUGCUCCUUCUCAGGUCUUCACCUUGCGGAAUUCUUUAGCGAAGUGCUUCGGGAAAAGGCUUGUUACACCCGAAUCCCGGCGACUCCUUGGCGGAUUUCCUGGGGAACUGACUUCUGUGCAACAUCCCAGCUGGAGGGAAGAUGAUUAUUCAGAGAGUGGUGUUGAAUUCACGCCCUGGCAUCUGUGGCGUGCCAGUCGCAAAAAACUUCCACAUGGAGGAAGCCACCCUACCAGAUAAAAUGUCAGAUGGUCAAGUAAAAGUUCGUACACUUUAUCUAUCUGUGGAUCCCUACAUGCGUUGUCGUAUGAAUGAGGACUGUGGAUCUUCUGAUUACAUUCAACCAUGGAAGUUGUCUGAAGUUGCCAGUGGUGGAGGAAUUGGUGUUGUGGAAGAAAGCAAAGAUGCCUGCUUUUCCUUUGGAGAUUUUGUAACUUCCUUUAACUGGCCCUGGCAGACUAAGGCCAUUUUAGAUGGAAAGCAGCUUGAAAAGAUUAAUCCGCAGCUCGUGGAUGGGCAUCUUUCCUACUUUCUGGGUGCUGCUGGCUUGACCGGGCUGACUGCUUUGAUAGGAAUAAGAGAGAAAGGACAUGUGACUCGGGGUGCUAACCAAACCAUGGUUGUCAGUGGAGCUGCUGGUGCCUGUGGCUCAUUGGCUGGGCAGAUAGGUUUUCUGGAGGGCUGUUCCAGAGUGAUUGGAAUUUGUGGAACCAAUGAAAAAUGCUUGACUUUGGUCUCGGAAAUGGGUUUUGAUGCUGCUAUCAACUAUAAGGAAGAGAACGUAUUACAACGGCUGCGUGUGCUGUGCCCAGAUGGAGUGGAUGUGUACUUUGAUAAUGUUGGUGGAGACAUCAGUGAUGCAGUGAUAGCUCACAUGAAUCCAAAUAGCCACAUCAUUUUAUGUGGGCAGAUCUCCCAGUACAACAAAGAUGUGCCUUAUCCUCCUCCACUCCCUCCUGCAACAGAGGAAAUAAGGAAAGCACGGAACAUCACUAGGGAAAGAUUUCUAGUUCUGAACUACAUGGACAAAUGUCCAGCUUGUACUGCCCAGCUUUGCCAGUGGAUCAAAGAGGGAAAACUGAAGGUUAGAGAGACUGUUGUGAAUGGCUUAGAAAACACUGGAGACGCUUUCGUGUCCAUGAUGAGUGGAGGCAACAUCGGAAAACAGAUUGUACAUGUUUCUGACUAAGUUGAAUAUCUUUACUGUUACAUAGAAAAAGCAACUACUUGCAGAAGUCAGGUAUUGUCUUGUUUUGCUAAAGAUACUAUUUGCAAUAACAAGAUCGGAUAGAAAUCAUUUUUAAAAAAUAAAUUCAAAAAUAAAAAUUUUAAAAUUUAAAUCCAUUUUUUAAAUUUAUACCAGAUUUUUAAAAUUUUAAUUUUUAAAUAAAAUGCUUUUUUGAGGAAAUAAUUUCCUAAAGAUAGUUUUCUACUAAGAUAAUUAUAGUCCAAAGAUUAUUCAUUAUGAAAUAAGGAUUAGCUUUAAAUUAUGUAUCAUAUUCAUGGAAUGUUUAAAUUUUUUUGUAAAUGAAUUCCAUUAGUCCAUUAACAUCAUCAUGCUCUUCCAGAGGUUUCUUUAAGAUUAUUUUGGGCAGUUUUUCUGUCUAGAAGGUAUUAACACAGAUGCUUGGUUUUGCACUUCUCAAAACUAUGAAUUUGUAUCUCUUCUGCCUAGCAAAAGGGUUAUAAAAUAAACAUACACCAUUGAGAAAAA